CCCGCCCAUCUUUGCUUCCCUUUAUCUUCUACUUCCAUUCCGGUCCACAUUCCUUCACUAUCAAUAAUCCAUUAUGUCGAUUGACGAAACUCCUCUGGGCACUGCCCCCUAUGAACGCCGCAACUCGCUGGAGAAACACCUCCAAACCCGACCGGACCCGCAAGACCUCAAGGACCGUCACAUCCUGCUGAGCACCAAUGUUGCACCAUCUCUUCAAGCUGCUCACCAGGAACUCGCCCGCCAGCGCGCUUCCGACGAACUGAAGAAGAACCUGGGGAAGAGGCCCGGACGGGAAGAGCUCGUGGAGCGCAAUAUCCUCCCUUCUACCAACGCCGCCCCGUCCUUGCAGGCCCAGGCUCGCGAUCUCGAGCGCCACAUGCUCGCCGAUAACCUAGAGCACAAGAUUCAGAAUCGCCCUGAUCCAGAGGAGCUGAUUUCUCAGGGGAUCCUCGAGGAAGACGAGAACCCACGCUCUACUUAGUUCUAUACGCGUUUCUGCAUGGUGGAUACGAACCCUGAUCUCUAUGAUUCUGCGAAGAUUAGACCAGGACUUCGAGCAGGCUUAAUGAGGACGAUGGCG